GCGAGCGUCGCAAACCGCGUUGUUUGUUGAUGGGCGCCAGGGUCGUCCGUUGCGUUCCCGCGAGUGAUUGGAAGCGUGUUCAGGACAUCAUACCGGUUAUCGACUGGUUCGACCCAUCGUAAGCAAUGGAAAAGCGCAUUGGACUCGAGCUGAGAGGUCGGAAGCCUGAAGAGCUGGCCGAGCUGAACCUGGACAACUGCAAGUCGCCAACCAUCGAUGGUCUGACAGACAAGUUCUCCAACCUGGAGGUGCUCAGUCUGAACAGCGCCGGUCUCACCUCGCUCAAGGGCUUUCCUGCACUGCCCAAGCUGAGGAAGCUGGAGGUGAGCGAUAACCGGAUCUCGGGCGGUUUGAACGCGCUGGCCGGCUGCACAGCGCUCAAGUCGCUCAACCUCAGCGGCAACCGCAUCAAGGACCUUGAGUCGCUCAAGCCGCUGGCUGACCUUGCCAACCUGAAGAAUCUCGACCUCUUCCACUGUGAGGUCACCAACCUGGAGAAGUACCGCGACGAGGUGUUCAAGAUGCUGCCGUCGUUGGUCGGUCUGGACGGAUUCGACAAGAACGAAGAAGAGGUUGAGGACUCGGACGAUGAGAUGAACGGCGUGGAUGAGGAGGAGGACGGCGACGAGGAGGCCGCCGACGGUAUGAUUUCACACUGGCAACAUCCCUGGUGUAUCCUGUGAGCCAAGGCUGCCGAG